CCUCUUCAACCUUGAAAAGGAAAAAAAGCCCCCAAACUUCUUUACCUGUGGCCAUCGUUACUUUGCUUUGGGGAGUUGAGAACUGUCUUUUGGCUGUUGGCAGAGACCAUGCCCGUUGUGAAGAUGCUGAAGCAGGUUGCCAGCCGGAUGCUGGGGACCCCGGCCUGUGGCUGCCAGCCACCCACCCUGCCCCGCCGGUUUCUGGGCACCUCCCCUCGGCAGAUCUCAGCAGACGCCAACUUCCACUCCACCUCCUUCUCUGAAGCAAACCAGCCACGUGUCUUAAUUACAGGGGGUCUUGGCCAGCUUGGAGUGGGGCUUGCUAGCCUUUUGAGGAAACGGUUUGGGAAGGACAACGUGAUUCUGUCUGACAUUCGGAAGCCCCCCGAGCACGUCUUCCUCAGUGGCCCCUUUAUUUAUUCCGACAUCCUGGAUUACAAGAACCUUCGGGAGAUCGUGGUGAACAACCGCGUCACCUGGCUGUUUCAUUACAGUGCCCUGCUCAGUGCGGUGGGCGAAGCAAACGUGUCCCUGGCCAGAGCCGUGAACAUCACUGGGUUGCACAAUGUCCUGGAUGUUGCCGCGGAGCACGGUCUGCGACUGUUCGUGCCCAGCACCAUCGGGGCUUUUGGACCCACUUCUCCGCGGAACCCAACUCCCGAUCUCUGCAUCCAGAGACCCAGGACCAUCUACGGAGUGUCCAAGGUCCACGCAGAGCUCAUGGGAGAGUAUUAUUAUUACCGGUAUGGGUUAGACUUCCGAUGCCUGAGAUAUCCUGGGAUCAUUUCUGCCGACUCCCAGCCCGGAGGAGGAACGACUGACUACGCGGUGCAGAUCUUCCAGGACGCCGUCAAGAACGGCAGAUUUGAAUGCAACCUGAACCCUGGCACGAGGCUCCCCAUGAUGUACAUCGAUGACUGCCUGCGGGCCACCCUGGAGGUCAUGGAGGCGCCGGCGGAGGCCCUCUCCAUGAGGACCUACAACGUCAACGCCAUGAGCUUCACCCCCGCCGAGCUGGCCCAGGAGGUCCUCAAGCACGUCCCGGAGUUCCAGAUCACCUACAAUGUGGACUCUGUCCGGCAGGCCAUAGCGGAUAGUUGGCCAAUGAACUUGGACGAUAGCAGCGCUCGGAGGGACUGGGGGUGGAAACACGAUUUUGACCUCCCGGAGCUGGUGACGACAAUGUUGAACUUCCAUGGUGCCCAUAGCAGAGUUGCCCAAGCUAACUGAAGCGCCGGAGGAAGCGUUGGUGAGUCCUGGGCAGCCGUCCAGGGAAAAUUGGAACCUCCCAACCCCCCAAGGUUCCAGACCCCAAGGAAUCUAGAUGAUCUGGAGUUGAAGGAUUGAUUGGACUAAAUUUUCGCAGCUCAUAUUGAACUGUCAGAUGGAAAAUUGAGUUGGCUUUAGCAUUUUCUCAAUGCCGUAGGUUUGGUGGUAGGACUUGUGAAUUUUUGCUGUUUGCCUAAAUGUGUCUUAACACACAUAUCACAGAAGGCGUCAGUCAUAAUAGUUUCCAUGUCCUUAAUUACGAUGAAGUGACCAUGUCUGGGAAUGUGGAAGUAUGUGACAUUUGUAUUAAACUUAAUUUAAAUAUCA